AUGACGGGUGAUCAGCGCUUUAGUAUUCGUACCAAGCAGUUCCUCCUUCAGUCGGCGGGGGUGGCUAUGCCCCCUCCCACCCCCCUUCAGGCCCCUGUCCAAGCUCCAACGUCUUGGGACAAGGCUCUCAGGCGUACCUAUCACACUACUGUGGUCGACGGUGGAUUGCAAUCACAUCAGGACAACACCUGCAUAGCUGCGAUCGCGCAGGCUAGUGGACGGAACGCCCUAGUUACCACGUUCAAGAAGACCUACACGCGGUUUCGAACAUCGGCGUCCCAGACACAGCAUGCCGCAUCGCUGGCUACAACGGUGCGGUGGGCAAUCAGGGAGAAGAAGCGAUUCCAGCGUUUCAUCGACGACCUGCGUGGAUUCAACGACAGCCUGGUUGCAUUGUUCCCCGACGUCGGUUCACAGGCAUGCGAAGCGAUGGCGGCCGAGAUCAAUACGUCGACUGAUCUUGGCAGUCUACAAGUUAUCGAGCAGGCCGUUGGGGACCUAGAGAACGGCGACGAGGGACUGGCCGAGGCAGCCAGUUUACGCAUUACGGAAAUCUCACAGCAUACGACAAGUCUCGCCACCAACGACGACGACGACGACGACGCGGAAUCAAGCAGCACUGCCAUCCAGGGAAUAAGGGACGUCAACAUGAAAAUGCUUACCCAACAACUAGAAAAGCUGGGCGUCGCCAUCAAGGCAGAACUUAAAGGGUCACUACAAAUUUCCGUCCAGGAUUUCGGGUUUGGAGACCACUACGGUUCCCUCAACUGGCGGGGCAUGGAAAACAACGAGUUCGGGAUCGAAGAGGGCAGGGAGAGAGAAUAUGUCCAAUGCCCUUACCUUGCAUGGUACUUGAUGUACGCAUCAGAAAAGAACGGCUUCGAACACGGCGACUUUAGCCACCGAGAUAGCGAAGCCAACCGCAAGUUCGAGGGCCGCUUUCCCGGCACGCGGACCGUUGAGGGCUACGGCGCCUCUUUCGGCACCUGGGCGCGGGUCCACAAGCCCGACUUCCCCCCUCGUCCCGUUUUCUGCAGCACUUUCGAUGUGCCCGCCCACACAACCCCGGAGCUCAUCGAUCUCCUUUCCGACCUGCACCGCCGCAAGUCGCUGCCGUGGAACCUGACGAACGAGCGCGCGUACGAGUACCUCGACAAGCUGCUGGGCAUCCGCGCGCACAGCAGGAUGGCGCCCGGGGUCUCCUUCGACAACUCGAUGCAGGUCAUGGACCUUCUAGAUACAUUGAACCGCAGCGACCUCUUCGAGGACCUGCGCUCCGGCGGGUCGCUCGGGGCCCAGGCAUUCCCAAACUUCCCCAACUUUCUAUACCAGAUGGUGGUGGCCUACGAACUGAAGCUGCGGUUGAAGGACCAGGGCUUUGGCGGCAUCAACGCCCGGGUCAUCGCGGCGAUGCAGGCAGCCGAGCGGUGGGUGGACGGGGUCUCGAUCAAGGUGACCAAGGGCUCGAACCCGCACGCCGAGCUGCGUAGCCUCGUCCACGAGCGGCAGGUCGAGGGUUUGGUGCGCUUCGCCGAGCUGCUCGCCUGGCCAGCGCUGGGGGAGAUGCGCGAAUUCGUCGAGGACGCUUACACCGACAUGUGUGCCGGCAUGCACCUCAGCUUCCACCUGUGGGACUGGCUGUUCGGCACCAUGCUGCCCGGGAAGGCCUUUGCUUUCACCAUCAUGAGCGCCCUCGUGGCCGCCACCCCGAGUCUCCUGCCGCUCGGCGCGCCCAGAUACUACGAAUCCGGGCUCGUCCUGGAAAACAAGUCGUAUUGGCGCGACAAGUGGGUGAUGGGUCGCGUCCUGGGCGGUAUCUGGGGCGUCAGGGCUGCCAAUGGCUGGGUCGGGCCGUGUCCAGUGCCGGCAAAAGGCAGUCGUGAGCGAGUUUCCAAGAGCUGGCGGCGUGUCGUGGCCCGAGACACGGCCUUCGCGCUACCAGAACGCAUCGCCCCGCACGCCGACGCUGACGAGUCCAGCCUGUUCUCCAGCUUGGACCGUGUAGGUGGCAACUCGUCACACGUCGAGUGGGUGCGCACCAUCGGAGACCCGACGAAGUGGGUGGUGCCGGUCGGGCCCAGCAAUGCGCCGGACACUGUGGAGCUCCGGGCCUUGGCGUUGAAGAGUAUCCCUCGAGAACAAGCCCUGGACGAGUUUGGGUCUCAAAAAGGGACCGGAUUGUCGAUCGCUGUGGACCGCAGUAAUACUGUCACUGUCUCAGUGCAAGACGACCAGGGAAACGAGACACCGAUCGAAGACGAUAAAGAACCGGCACAGCGAGCUGUUCUGGAACUGACCAUCAACGGCCAGCCGGUAUCAUUCACCCUCUACAACAACCCCAUCUUUAUUGCCGCCCCGAGGUGUAUUGAUGGGCCUCAUCCCGUCCACGAGCGGGACUUACCCAAGAUGCAGCACAUCCUGCGAGUUGGCCAACUCUCAGGCCAUAUCCACAAUGAUCCCCGGGUGCUAAUCAUUGACGCUACUGGAGGGGGCGAGUGUGAGCUGGCGGCGAGAGCGUGGUGUUCCGAAUACGGCCAGCAUGCCAUUGUGAAACGGGGAACGGGGCCAUGCAUUGCCUGUGCGGUGAGGGCGGCGAGUGCCGAGGGGCUGGGCGUCGGUUGUGUAAUAUGGACCUAG